AUGACUGCCAUAUUUCAUGACAUGAUGCACCGAGAACUAAAGAACUAUGUGGACGACAUACUAGUGAAAUCGAGAAGGCAAGAAGAUCAUGUCAAGGUGUUAAGAAAGGUAUUCGAAAGAUGUAGACUUUUCAUGCUAAGAAUGAACCCAUUGAAAUGCGCCUUUGGAGUGUCUGUUGGGAAAUUUUUGGGAUUUCUGGUCCACAACAGAGGGAUAGGCAUGGACCCAGCCAAGGCAGUGGCAAUAGCAACCAUAAAGCCACCAGCCAUAGUCAAAGGGUUGAAAAUUUUCCUAGGAAAAGUCUCCCAUAUUAGGAGGUUUAUCCCUGGAGAAAAGGAGUUCCCGCUAGACGAUGAGGUACUAGGAGAAGUAGCUAUGGCAGAAGUGACCAAAGAACAGUGGAUCAUGAAGUUUGAUGGUUCCUCUACGACAAACUCAGGAGGCACGGGAGUGGUCCUUUAUCACAAUGGUGAAGAGAUCGUGGAACUCUCAUUCAAGUUGGAAUUUCCAUGUUCAAACAAUAUAGUGGAAUAUGAGACCUACUUAACAGGGUUGGCAACAGCCCUCGAAAUGGGAAUCAAACACCUAAAGGUGAUAGGCAACUCCAAUUUGGUAGUCUGCCAGGCUAAGGGGAGUUUUUCUUUAAAGGAGCCAAGUCUAGCCACGUAUAGGACACUAGCCCAAAGGAUGGAGGAAAAUUUUUGUACAUUUGAAAUAGAGCACACUUAUAGGAGUGAGAAUCGAUAUGCGGAUGCAUUGGCCGCAAUGGGCUCAUAA